UUCCUUUGAUAUAAAAAACUUCAAAAUUCCAAGAACUAAUUAAACGCAUUUCGUGAGAUUUGUUUUUAAGAGCGGUAUCACCUGGCAGAUUUUCGUCGAGACAAAUCCGGUAUCAACAAUUCCCCUCCAGUUCAUUGUCACGUUGAAAGUAAAAGAAAGUGUUUUUUCAUCGAGUUAGCACCAUUUUUGUUAAGCGUUGUGUCUUCAAAAUUCGGUACCUCCUAUGCGGCGAGAAAACAGUUUGUCAUCUGACAGCGGUGCCGUUAGUUAUUCACUUCCGAAAAUGGACUUUCUUUUCAAACUGAUCACGUUUUCGGUGUGCUUUCACGUCGUCAUUAGCGAAGUGUCUGGAUCGUUCCCGGAAAAGAACCAAACCAGUGCGGUCGAAGAAGGGCGCUACCUUCUGUUCCCGUCCCUCUCCACCAUGCAGCUUUCAAUUUGCACCUCCUCAGGAACGCCGUUUUUCGUCCCAAAGAAGAAGUAUCCUUUCAGACGUUUGGGUGUGAAUAUAGGCUUUCAGGUGAACUACAAUCUUCCGUACCGGUUGAAGGACUUCUACAGUUUUCCCACUUGGGCUCGGUCGAUGGUUGAUAUUGUGAAGGGGAGAUACAUGCCAACGGAGGUAGUGACCGCCAGGGCUGCCCGGAAAAGACGUUCCUCAAGGCACCUGAGCGCUGGCGACGUCUAUACGGCGAUAGAUGAAGUUUUGCAACUCGCUGGGUACGACAAGGAUUGUGUAGUCAAAAGUGUGUGCGAGUUAUCCCAUAGUCCUUUCCACAAUGUAGAAGAUGAUUUUUAUGCGGAAAUUUUACACUUUUUGCUGACACCAUCGGAGCAUCAAGCAUUUGGUGAACAUGAACGUAAAAUGAAGCUCAAAUACGAGCUGGCGGAGAAAUACGGACGAAUGGGCGCAGACUGCAGUUUGAUGUAUCCCACAUGUCGGAAAAGCUUUUUGACUGAUAUUUCCGGUUUUUUGGACGAUAAUAAACUUGAAUCAAUUCGGUGAUCACGAAUAAGUUUUUGAAUAUGAUUUUG